CGCUUCCUCUCGAAAAAACACUUUUGCAAUCAUGGCGGGAUCAUAUCCUGAAAUCGUCCGUGGACAAGUUUUCGACGUCGCGCCCCGUUAUACAAACUUGAACUAUAUUGGCGAAGGCGCAUACGGCAUGGUCUGGUAUGUUCGAUUAGCAAUGUAACAAUUAGUGGCGAAUAGAACGAAAAUGUAGCAAAUUUCGUGCGAAUAGAUCGGUGUAAAUCGCUGCCUUGGAAGACUAUAAAAAUUGCUUGUUUUUUUUGUCUCUAGCUCUGCGAUGGACAACCGUUUAGGGGUGCGAGUGGCCAUAAAGAAAAUCAGCCCGUUCGAGCAUCAAACUAAUAGCCAACGAACGUUGAGAGAAAUAAAGAUCUUGACGAGAUUUAAGCAUGAAAAUGUGCGUAUGCUGAUGUGUGCUAGCUCUCCUAUGGAUAAAUAUCUUAUCGCCUAGUUGGGUAUAUUUGUUGCCCGGUCGGCGGAUAUACAACCCCCUUUCCAGUGAAAUUGUCUUAUGCAUUGGGCUAUUCCAUUUAAUAUCCGUACCCCCCCUGUCGAGGAUCCCUGGAAUUCUUCAGGGGUAAAGGGUUUUGAGCUUGGAAUUCUUCAGGGGUAAAGUGUUUUGAGUUUGGAAUUCUUCAGGGGUAAAUGGUUUUGAGCUUGGAAUUCUUCAGGGGUAAAGGGUUUUGAGCUUGGAAUUCUUCAGGGGUAAAGAGGUUUGAGAUUGAAAUUUUUCAGAGCUUGGAAUUCUUCAGGGGUGAAGGGUUUUGAACUUGAAAUUCUUCAGGGGUAAAAGGUUUUGAGCUUGAAAUUCUUCAGGGGUAAAGGGUUUUGAGCUUGCAAUUCUUUAGGGGUGAAGGGUUUUGAACUUGAACUUCUUCAGGGGUAAAAGGUUUUGAGCUUGAAAUUCUUCAGGGGUAAAGGGUUUUGAGCUUGGAAUUCUUCAGGGGUAAAGUGUUUUGAGCUUGGAAUUCUUCAGGGGUAAAGUGUUUUGAGUUUGGAAUUCUUCAGGGGUAAAGAGGUUUGAGAUUGAAAUUUUUCAGAGCUUGGAAUUCUUCAGGGGUGAAGGGUUUUGAACUUGAAAUUCUUUAGGGGUAAAACGUUUUGAGCUUGAAAUUCUUCAGGGGUAAAGGGUUUUGAGCUUGGAAUUCUUUAGGGGUGAAGGGUUUUGAGCUUGGAAUUCUUCAGGGGUAAAAGGUUUUGAGCUUGGAAUUCUUCAGGGGUAAAGGGUUUUGGGCUUGGAAUUUUGGAAUUCUUCAGGGGUAAAAGGUUUUGAGCUUGGAAUUCUUCAGGGGUAAACAGUUUUGAGCUUGGAAUUCUUCAGGGGUAUGACAAUGAAAAACAUGUAUCCUCGACAGGGGGGGUACGGAUAUUAAAUGGAAUAGCCCAUUCUCUUGUUUUAUUUUGAUAGAUCAUUAAUAUUAUGGAUAUCAUACGUGCUCCGGACUUGAAUCAACUCAAAGACGUGUAUCCUUUAGAGAAAUUAUAAUAGACAGCCAGUAUUAAGACAGUCUAGCUAGUAGCUACCCACCCAUCGAUAUGUAAAGCCAUUAAAUGUCCUAUUUAUUCUUUACAAACAAACUCCGUGGGGCCAUUCCAUUUAAUGUACACACCCCCCUGUGGACGAAGUCAAUAAAAUUUGAACCCCUAAGAAAAAAAGAUCAAAGUGCCGACACAAACACCCCUCCAGAAAUUAAGAAAUUUUUGCCUUACCCCUCGGAAAAAACGCAAAGAUCAAAGGAUGCUGAUGCACACAACCCCUCAGAAACGGCUUUUUCAACCCCCCUCAGAAAUUUUCGUCCACAGGGGUGUGUGUAUAUUAAAUGGAAUGGCCCGUGUCCGCUUUCUUUCGAAAAGUAAAACAGUAUUUUGUGUGUUGUAUCUUUUGGAUAUAAAGUAUAAAAUCCCCCACAAGUUUGCUUCUUGGCAAAUUGCCGACUGCGAAAUGAACACUAUUUACUGAAGUACAUUUUAAUAUGUUUAAGAUAUUUAUACGGCAUAGGUUUUCCAAAACGUUAUGUAGACGGAAGCCUUCCAGUAUUGGAGCGUAAAUGUGUUUUUAGUCUAAUUUUGUCAUUCUGUGUUUGUCAAAUGGAGGAUGAUGCGAACAUAUUAAUAUGAGCACAUACUUUAUACGUUUUUCCUUGGCUACUUGUUAUUCAAUAUGCCUGAGUAGGUGCUUGACAGACGGCAAACCAGAUGGCGAUCAAAUUCAUGAACACAACACGAAAAUAACUCCAAAAUUCAAGGCCUAUACUUGUUUGCAGUGUGCUGCUCAAAUUGUAAACAAUUGAGCUGCAUUGUGACAAUUUGUUUACUUCCCCAGACGAAAUCCCUUGCAGUUUGUCACCUUCAGCGGGCAAUUGCAAUAAACAAAGUUGUAUUAAUUUACACAAUGUCUGUGCCAAAUUAUAUCUGCCAUCAUUUCCUGCAAUUAUUAUGGGUUAUACAAUACUUGCUCAUACCAUUUUUCUGUGCAGCAAACAACGCUAUUGUAUUUUAAUAUUGUACUGUUUGUUUACAGUAACACGGUGAUAUCCUCCCAGAAUCCCCCCCCCCCCCGUCGCCAAAAAAAUUUCGGUCUGUGUACCAUUUUAGGGGUUAAAAAAAUUUUCCGCACAACCUAUAUUUUUCGGAACAUAACACAAAUUUUCGAAAAAUCACACAAUUUGCGAAAAAAUUCACUUAAUUUUAGAUAAAAUUGACUGAAUUUGUCCCAUUUUUUGUUUUUCAAACCAAAAUUGCCCGACUGUUGAUCGAAUAUUGCCCCCGUCCGGUACGCCUAUGUGCUAUCAUUUAUUUAUAAGAGACCUUUGAUUGCCCUGCCAAUCGGGAUGAUUCGUAUUUUGGGGGGGGGGGUGUAACACCCCCCCAUACCCCCCCUCAAGUUUCGCCCCUGUCGCGGACAGAUAGGCAAUUUAAAACGGAACAUAAACGAUUCACCCUUCUCGUCGAUUCUACGCUAUAAAGACGCUUUAUUUAUUGACAUAUACGUUUCAAAACAUUAAGGUUAUAAGUAACCUUUAUGCUAUAGUGAUGGUCAUCAUAAUGAUACAUUUGUUUAGUCUGUGUGGAAAAUAUAUAUACCUGUAUAUUCUCUGCAAGACAACAGGUACUGUAAAAUGCAUGCAUGACUUUAUACAUGUAAUUGCAAGAAUGCCAUGCAUGUUUCCAGAGACUCAUUGCAAAUAUUGGCCUCUGGCAAAUCCUUGAAUUGUAUAUUCAGUAAUAUUCAGACCAAUUAUUGCUUUGGGAGUCAGUGCCUGGCUAAAGAUAGAUUAGGGAGGUAGUUGCUCCAUAAUCUAUAUGGUUAUUGGAAAAUGUGGAAGCCAGAAAGCUUGCGAACUGAUGUUCAAUUUCUGUAACUUGCAAUACACAAUGUGUUUUAAAAUGUUACCAUACAAAAAUGAAUCAAUUUGGUAUAACCAAGCAUUUACUGUAUGUUCUGUAUGUUUGUUCAAGUGAUUUGGGUGGCAAGGGGCUUAAUCACAUUAUUAUCUGAUUAGAUCUAUUGCAAAAUAGUCUGAUUAUUAAUCCAUUGAGCACUGGUGUGAUCCUCUUGAUGUGCAAAAUUGUCUGGAGUUAGGCAGAGUAAAAUGAUAAUGAUAUAGAUGCAUUAGGGUGCAUUAUGCAACUUAAUGGGUAUUUUUUUUGUAUUGUAUUGUAUUAAAAGAGACACUAGCCCCGUCAACGGUGCGUUGUAUUAGAGACACUAGCCCCGUCAACGGUGCGUUGGUUUCCACGGGGGGCGUCUACAAUGUUAAAAAUUACAAAAGAUAUAAGGGAAAAGAAGACUAUUUACAAAUUGGUGUGACCCCAGAUGUUAUGGUUAGACGGAGUUACAAUUUAUUUCAAAUAUAUAUAGUAUUAGAGUUAAGUUUUAAAUGGCUUUUGAACAGGUGCAUUGAUUCUGCCAGUUUCGUAUCGAUCGAGAGACUAUUCCAUAGCUUAGCCCCACUGUAUUUAAAACUCUUUUUUAGGAAUUCUCUUUUAGGCUUAGGAAGAGCCAAAUCUGUAUGACUAUUUCUAAGAUCAUAAUUUGUUUGCAUAUGAUUGCGUCUUAUCAAGGAUUCUUUCAACGUAGGUCCUACGUAAUCCUUCAAGACUUUAAACAUUAAUAUUGCUUUGGUUGUACGUCGUCUUGUCUCUAAAUUGUCCCAAGCAAGAGAUUGAAGAACAUCAGCAGAUCUAAUCUCAUAACUUGCACCGACAAUGAUUCGGGCUGCGCGAUUUUGAAAUUUUUGGAGUUUAUUUUUCAAAUUUUGAUCACAGACGCCUCAAAUGGGAGAACAAUAGUCAAAAUACGGCUGAAUCAGAGCUCGAUAAAUUGUUUGAAGGGUGGUUACUGGAACAAAGGGUUUAAUACGUCUCAAAGUACCCAGGCCUGCUCCAACCUUUUUGCAAAUCGCCUGAAUAUGUGAAUUCCAGUUAAGAUUUUCAUCUAAAUCGAGACCAAGACAUGUGAAAGAGUGAACUCUGGGGAUGCGUUGGUUAUUUAACAUCACUGGAUGAUCAAAAGUUGUGGAAUUAAUAUGAUGUUUAGAGCCAAAGAACAUUAUUUUGGUCUUAGUUGGAUGGUGUUGUAAUUUAUUUCUAGAAAGCCAAUCACCGAUUCUACUCAGAUCGUGAUUAAGGUUUUCGGUUAAUUCAAUCAAACUGUUAGAGCUGCAGCAAAUUUGGGUAUCGUCACCAUUGAGGUGCAGAGUUUUCCCCUCUAUGAGCUAAAUCGUCUGGCAUUAAACAGAGUAAAAUAACAAGGUAGGACACAUUAGGACGUGUUGCAAUUACAUAAUAAAUGAGUUGGUGUUUUGCUUGUUUCUUUCCAUAAAUCACCCAUAACUAGUAAUAAAUCAAGCAUAUAUGAUAAAAACAAACUUAUGUUUUUUUCUGUGUUGGUGUCAUGUACUCAGGUGAUUAUGAUGUUAUUCUGAGUGUAUAUCCACACCGGGCAAGCUUGAAAAAUAUGCCUGGCCACGGUGGUAGAGCAUUGGGCUAGUAUUCCAAAGGUCGUAGGUUCGAUUCCCACCGUGGCCAGGUAUAUUUUUCAAGUUUGCCCGGUGUGGAUAUACACUCAGAGUAACAGCAUAAACAACAAACUUAUGUUGCCAAUGGUAGACACUGCAUGAAAUAUUUGGGGAUGAAAUUUUCAACAUGUAUGCCAAAGGGGUUUCAGUGUCUGUUUAAGGCUAACUUGAUCAUUGUGUACGUUAAUUGUGAUAUUUAGUACCAGAAUUUUAUAGGUCUUUCAAAAUUCGAAGUGACUAUAUGACCGGCAGCCGGUCACGGUUUAUCAAAUACUAAAUGGCCGGCAGUCUAGUGACCAAUGUUAAAGUUGAAUUUUUAUAAGAUAAACCUAUCCCCAACCACAAACCCUUUUCUAACCCUAACCCCUAACCCUAACCUUUUGAGAGUUAGAAAAGUCGGGAAAAAAAGUUUAAAAAAUUUUAAGAAAAAACAAUGCUAAGUCAGACAAAACUCAUCCCGACCCCGACUGCGUUUAACUGUCCGCACGCAGCGCCCUUGCCGUAUGAGCUAGUGGCAAGCUCGGUAAAAGUUAACGCAAACAAAAGUUUUUAUAUUCAACUAUAGUCACUAGACUGCCGGCCAUUUAGUAUUUGAUAAACCGUGACCGGCUGCCGGUCAUAUAGUCACUUUGUUCAAAAUUAUUGGGGGAGGCGACCACCCCUGUAUAUUGGGCCAAAAAUAAUAAACAUAUCACGUAUACAAAAUGAUCAGUAAUGCAAGCAGCAGUUGAAAACAUAAGGGAAAAGUGGUCGGAGUAUUCAAUUGUGCACUGUUGCAGCGACCCGAGUUGUAACUCUCCCAAAAACCAUUUUUGACAAUCCAAACGACUUGCCAGACAUUUCCUUAAUACCAACAACAGCUAUAUCGUGCAAACAUUGAUGGAAACAGAUUUGUAUAAAUUAUUGAAAUCACAACCACUGAGCAAUGAUCACACUUGUUAUUUUCUAUACCAAAUACUCCGAGGUUUGAAAUAUAUUCACUCGGCCAAUGUUCUGCAUCGAAAUUUAAAACCAAGCAAUUUGCUUUUGAACACAACAUGUGAUCUUAAGGUUUGUGCACAUACCUUCUUCCGGGAAAAGUUUGUAUUGACCUGACGAUAUUGCAAUUUUCAUCAUGUUCAGAUCAAUCUUCAUCACAAUCAUUACCACCAUCACCACCAUGACCAUCAGGAGCGGAUCCAUACUGUAGCAACUGUAGCAAAUGCUUCAGUCAGAUUUUCGUGCAAAAAUAUUUUUAAUACUGAAUGUGUUGAUAGUAAAAAUUCCUUAUAGAAGUUUUCCAGUUUCUCUAUCUCAAAAAAAAAUAACUUCCACAGCUUCGACCCGAUGUCCGUACGUUUUUUGUGAGCUACGAAUAUUGAGUUACGUUUUUACGCGCUUAUCUUAACCUGAUUUUUACCCGAAACAACGCCCGCUUUUAGGGGAAAUCACCUAAAUUUUUUAAACAUCGUUCAAAAAGCGUUCAGAAAAGUGGUCUAAAUAUAGCGAUUUAUGACGUCAAAAUGCUACAGUCAACUGGGGGUCUUACGUCAAAAUGCUACAGUCAGCGGGGGGACGAGUUACUAAAUUUAGCAUUUUUUUUCUUCUCUGUGUUGGUGCAAUGUACUCAGGUGAAUAUGAUGCUUGUGAUGUUACUCUGAGUGUAUAUCCACACCGGGCAAGCUUGAAAAAUAUGCCUGACCAUGGUGGGAAUCGAACCUACGACUUUUGGAAUGCUAGCCCAAUGCUCUGCCAACUGAGCUACGCGGUCUGGUCGGUUCGAGUAUGUGAUAUUUCGUAACAGAAUCUAGUUUCUUCGAUAUCAAUGUAAUCUAAUAAUCAUGAUUUUUUUUUCUAUGUUGGUGCAAUGUACUCAGGUGAAAACCGUAUUUACUCGUUUGAGCGCCGCGGCGCUCUUUAAAUUUUCAGAUCUUCAGAUGCGGCGCUCAUUCGGGGGCGGCGCUCAAUGGAGGGCGGCGCUCUUUAAAAAAAUUUGAUCUCAAAUGCGGCGCUCAUUCGGGGGCGGCGCUCAAUCGGGGGCGGCGCUCAAACGAGUAAAUACGGUAUGUAGCUCAGUGUACUCAGGUAGCUCAAUGUACUCAGGUGAAUCGUAGGUUCGAUUCCCACUGUGGUCAGGCAUAUUUUUCAAGCUUGCCCGGUGUGGUUAUACACUCAGAGUAACAAUACAAGCAUCAAAUUUAGCAUUUUUGCUACAGUCAGAUGAAGCAAACCAAUCGCAGUGCUGCAAUGCGCUACAGUCAGCUACAGUUGCGCAAUUCGAUGGAACUUUAGACCGAUAUUAUUUGGCUACAUUUGUUUGCGCUUUUACCGAGCCAAUUUCUUUCGAAGAAAAACUAAGUAGACUAAAGGGCGAUGUGAGGAUGCCAUCGGGAGCAAAGUUAAGACCGAUCGCCUGAAAGAUCGCGAGGUAUUUGUGUGUGAUUUUUCGAAAUUACAAUUCGAAACGGUGAAAGAGCGCGCUCGUUGAACCACGUUCGGGUCAGCCGGUCAGGUAAGC